CCACGCUUCUCUUGUUAGCCCGAGUUGUCUUGGGUCUAUAGGGAGGGAGGUUUGAGUUGCGGUCGCCGCUAUGGGCAAGCCGGCUUCCAGCAGCCAGGGAGACCCUGGGACCGAGAGCCGGGGCGACAAGAAAUCUAAGGCCCGGAGCGAAAAGGAAGCCAGAGCCCGCAACGACCCGGUGUUGAAUUUCGAGCGAUGGAAGAAGAGACACAUCCGCAAACAGAAAAAGAUGAAGGAGCUGAGGAAGCAGCUCAAGAAGCCCGAGUGGCAGGUGGAGCGGGAGACCAUCGGCCGCCUGACCACGGAAUACGAGAAGAUAAAUGUAAAUGAAAUUAUGCGAUUUUCUGAUUUCCCCUUGUCCAGAAAAACAUUGAAAGGGUUGCAGGAAGCACAGUAUCGGAUGGUGACUGAGAUACAGAGGCAGACCAUUGGCCUGGCUUUGCAGGGUAAAGAUGUGCUUGGAGCCGCAAAGACAGGAUCAGGCAAAACUUUGGCUUUUCUUGUCCCUGUUCUGGAGACAUUAUAUCGUCUACAGUGGACAUCAACAGAUGGCCUCGGUGUUUUGAUAAUAUCACCUACCAGAGAGUUGGCAUAUCAGACCUUUGAGGUGUUGCGAAAAGUAGGCAAGAACCAUGACUUUUCAGCUGGUCUCAUCAUUGGUGGAAAGGAUCUGAAACAUGAAUCUGAGAGGAUCAACCAAAUAAAUAUACUUAUUUGCACACCGGGACGGCUGCUUCAACACAUGGAUGAGACAACAUAUUUUCGUGCAACCAAUCUCCAAAUGUUGGUACUUGAUGAAGCUGACCGAAUCCUGGACAUGGGCUUUGCUGACACAAUGAAUGCUAUUAUAGAAAACCUUCCCAAAAAACGUCAGACUUUGCUUUUCUCAGCGACACAGACUAAGUCUGUGAAGGACCUUGCACGUCUGAGCUUGAAGGACCCUGAAUAUGUUUGGGUCCACGAAAAGGCAAAAUAUAGUACUCCAGCCACUUUGGACCAGAACUAUAUCAUUUGUGAGCUGCACCAAAAAAUCAGUGUGCUUUAUUCCUUCCUGAGGAGCCAUCUGAAAAAGAAGAGUAUUGUAUUCUUUGCCAGUUGUAAAGAGGUUCAGUAUCUGUUCCGAGUCUUCUGCAGGCUACGACCAGGUAUUUCUAUCCUUGCUCUCCAUGGCAAACAGCAGCAGAUAAGAAGAAUGGAAGUCUAUAAUGAAUUUGUCCGAAAGAAAUCGGCAGUGCUCUUUGCUACUGACAUUGCAGCAAGGGGGCUAGAUUUUCCAGCUGUGAAUUGGGUCCUUCAGUUUGAUUGUCCAGAGGAUGCCAACACCUAUAUCCAUAGAGCAGGCAGAACAGCCAGGUAUAAGGAAGGUGGUGAGUCAUUGUUAAUUUUGCUCCCCUCUGAAGAAAAAGGAAUGGUUCAUGAGCUUUCCCAGAGGAAAGUCCCUGUGAAGGAAAUCAAAAUUAAUCCAGAAAAGCUUAUAGAUAUCCAGAAGAAACUGGAAGCAUUUUUAGCCCAAGAUCAAGACCUAAAAGAACGGGCUCAAAGGUGUUUUGUGUCCUACCUGCGUUCGGUAUAUCUAAUGAAGAAUAAAGAAGUGUUUGAUGUGAACAAGUUGCUUCUACCUGAAUACGCCCUUUCCCUUGGCCUUGCUGUGGCACCACGGGUGAGAUUUCUUCAGAGAAUACAGAAACAGAUGACGAAAGAAUCAUUGAUAAGCAGAACAGAUGAAGAAAGCAAAGAUGGAAAGGGACCUGUUGCUUCUUCCCUCACCAGUGAUGAAGUAGAGGAAUUUAGAGCAUAUUUCAAUGAGAAAAUGUCCAUCCUCCAGAAAGGAGAGAUGAGAACGGGAGAGAAAGACAAAGAGAAACUAGCCAGUGUUGUUGGUAAAGAAAAGAAUGAAGAUGAAGAGAAAGAAGUGGAGGAAGAUGAGGGUAGAGAGGAGAAAGUAGAAAAAGUCAAGGCAUUUGAAAUACAAGCUCUUCCAGGUAUUAAUGAGACUUCAAAAGACAAAGUGAUUUCUGUACAGAGUUUAGGUGGAGAGGAAGAGGAUGAAGAUGGUCUUGAUGUUGACUUCUUUAGAGUCAAACGACAUAAUGUAUUUGGAUUAGACCUUAAAGAGUCCACAGUACAGAGGAAACCACCUAAUUCUUGCAUCAAGAAAAAAGCAACUAAAGUGACAGAAGCGAAGAAAGUGAUGAAGAGGAAAUUUAAAGUGAAUACAAAAGUCACCUUUAGUGAAGAUGGGGAGUUAGUUCAGCAGUGGCCACCUAUACAGAAAUCCAACGUGAACAAAAUUGAGGAAGAGGAUGAGUGUGCUGGCAUCAACUUGGAGAAAGCAAAGGAAAGACUGCAAGAAGAGGACAAAUUUGACAAAGAAGAAUACAGAAAGAAAAUUAAAGCAAAGCAUAGGGAAAAAAGGCUGAAAGAAAAGGAAUCCAGAAGAGAAGCAAGAAAGAAACAAGCAAAGGCUCAAGAUGAAGAGGAGGAAGCCUUUCUGGAUUGGAGUGAUGACAAUAGUGAAUUUGAUCCAAGUACACUUCCAGAUCCUGAUAAGCACAGAAGCCAUGAAGAAACAUCUGAUGAUGAUGAUGAUGAUAUGGAAGAUGAAGAGAGUGAAAUAAGGAAGAUGGGAGGAAUGAGGAAAAGGAACUACAGAAAUGCUGAUAAAGAAGAGAUGCUUUCAAGUCAUAAGCCAAAAAAGGCCAAGUGGGAAACUGUGGAGCCACUGGAUACAGGCCUUUCUUUGGCAGAGGAUGAAGAGCUAGUGCUGCAUCUGCUCAAAAGUCAAAGUUAAUUCUAUUCAAUUCUAAUAACCAUGAUUCCAUGGGCACCCAGUGGCAUAAGGGUUCCAUACAUGGACACAUUCCACACCCAAAGGACCUUGUCUUCAGACUGUAGCCAAAAUCUGUAACUCCAGGUGAGGAUCUCUUUUCCCUCGUAAAGUAUUUGAUGGACUUUGAAGUCUUUGAAUCAGCAUGAGAUUUAUCUGAGUUACGUCUUUUAUAGGGAAGUUUUAUUUUUCCCACAUUUUCUCUGGAGUUGUGAAACUCUGUUGAAACUUUAUUAUAAAUCCAAAUCUUGCUAAAGAUACCGACAUUUCUAAGUACUACUAGACAAAGUUAUAGUCAAUUUUGAUAGGCUUAAUGUUACCAAAGAUAAAGUGUUAUAAUGAACCAACCUUGAGAAAAUGUGGUGGUUUGUUUUUUUUCUUCAGAUGAUGGUAAGCAAUAAAGUUAUUUCUUACUAAAUAAAGUACAAUUGUGUUUGAAUUUUGUUGGACACAUUUAUUUAAAAGUUUCCACAAGGAAGACCCUUAAGAUAAAGACACUUCACAGGUUCUUAAAACAAUGAAUCUUUCAUCUUCCCAAGUUAGCCCUCUCAAAACAAUCCUUCCUUUGGGUAGCAUUUUCAGUUCUUCAACUGUCUUUUAUAGAGCCCAGAGAAGUUCUCUUUGUGCUGAACCUGAAGAUUGUCUCUUUUAAAGCCUCCUCUGUAACUCCCAUGCACUAGCCCAGAGUGUCUCUGCAGUUGAUUUGCCCCCAGCUGGAACAGCUUCAUGCCCUAGCAGGAAAUGAAAAGUUGAUGGGGAGUGAGAAACAAAAUGAAAUGAAAAUACUUUGGGAUUGGUUAUAAACAACCCAUUGCUAAAGUCCCCAAAGUGAAUUUUUUUUAAACAGAGAGUAAAGGAAUCAUUUGCAUUAUGAUAGGAAUUUAAUCAUAGUUUCAUCACCUUUUUCCAUGCCCACCCAUCCAGCUUUACCUGAACAAUAAUUUUAAAUAACAAUAAACAGUAGUUUUGAAUCCAUGUUAAGUAGUUAGUGAUGUUUACUAUUAGUUAACUCAGAAAAAUUGUUAAAGGUUGCUUUAUCACCUGUAACCCGUCAAGAGAGUGAGAGUUUGGUGUAGGUAAGAGUUUGCCUUUGAAGAUGUUGGAAUAAGAGAUUUAAUGAUAGGGAAUGGGAAGUGUACAAAAUAGUUGUGAGGAGGAUAAGAAAGGAAGGUAGCUUUUGGUAAUAACAAUUAAAGUAGUUCACAUUUACUCAGCCCUGGGGGCAUUAAGAAUGGCCUUUACAUAGGACCUUUUAUUUGAAUAAAUUUUAAAGCCUCCAAAGGGCAAUUCAGAAGUUUUGAGUAGUCAGGUAGUAACCUGGAAUUUAUUAAGUAUCAACUAUGUGCAAGGCACUAUGCU